CGACCUGCUCCUGCUGACCCGGCUGGGCGACGUGGUGCUGAAGGUGGCCCGCUCGGGCCGGCCGCUGGUGCACCUCAUCCGCGCCUGGUCCGUCGUCUGCCACCACCUGAUGGAGGCGGCGUGUCACAAGGAGCUGGCCGUGUCCAAGAAGGCGGUGUGCUGCAUUCACGACACGGUCAACGCCAUGCUGAGCUCCCACUCGGAGCUGCCGCACUUCCACGUGAACGAGGCGCUGUUCAAGCCGCUGGAGACGCUGCUCUGCCUGGAGCUGUGCGACGCCGACGUCCAGGACCAGAUCGUCGGCUCGAUCUGCGAGUUCGUGGAGCUGAGCACGGCCGAGAUCCGCAGCGGAUGGCGGCCGCUCUUCGGCGCGCUGCGCUCGCCGCCGCCGGCCGCCGAGCCGAGACACGCUCACCUGCGGGUGGUGCUGGACGUGUUCGAGGCCUUCCUCAACACGGACAACGUGCUGGUGUUCGCCAACGCCGCCGUCGACUGCAUUCUCUGCCUGCUGAAGCACGUCCGCGGGCCAACCGAGCUGCAGGACAACAACAGCAGCCUGCAGGACCAGGAGCAGGUGGUGCCGCUGGACACGCUGGGCGGCACACAGCUGGACCUGUGCCGCGCCGCGCUGCGCUACAUCAGCCGCUGCCACGCCAUCCUCGCCUCCAUGCACGGCAUGCACAGCUGCCCCGUCUUCCACGCCGCCCACAGGAUCCAGCUGAACACGGCGCCGCUGACGGUGGACCCGGCGCCCGACGACGAGUCGGCGCCGCCGGAAGAGCCGCCGACGUCGCCCGCCGACGGUCCACCCGUCACCUACGAGCGGCUGGCCGUCCAGGGGCCGUUCACGGCGCUCGAGCAGCUCGAUAACGCCAGCGGGAUCCUGCGCGUGUGGUACCUGCUGCUGGAGGGCCUGGCCGGAGCCACGGCCACCUGUCCCCGCCGGCACCAGCCCCAGACGAUGGAGACGCUGUUCACGCUCCUCCGCUCGCUCGCCAACCGGCCCGGCGCCGAGUUCGGCAUCUACUGCGUCAACCACCUGCUGCUGCCGAUGGUGCAGGGCUGGCUGCGGCGCACCGGCAGGCGCCACCGCGGGUGGGACGCGUUCGCCACCAACUUCAAGCAGUGCUGCGGCCUGGCCACCGACCUGGUGGUCUUCUACCACAAGACGCUGCCCGCCGACGCGUCCGAGCGCCAGCGGGCCGGCGCCCAGCUGAUGAUGCGACAGCUGCUGCUGGUCAUGAUCGAGUGUGUCUGCCAGCCGCACGAGGUCAUCUCGCGACUCGGCUGCGCCUGCAUCAGUCGGCAGUCAGCGGCCAGCUCGCUGCCGACCGCCUGCCGCUCAGUUGGAGGCACGCCGUUGUCCUGCUGGUGA